UGCUGCUGCCGGCGUGCGAGUGAGAGCGAGCGAGCCGCUCCGGACCGGGUCACCGCGGCUUCACCUCUUCCAAACAACCGCAGUGGCCGCAGAGAAGUGCGCCCGCUGAGAGCAUGGCUCCUCUGCAACAAAGGGAAACUCACAGGCGGGAAGUUUGAAGGAAUACGGAGCUGCGAGAGAGCGAGAGAGAGAGAGAUUCCCACCCGGGGGACCCGGUGGAACACAGAACUGAGGAGCGAUGCACUUCGCUAAAUGGGAUUUGUUGUGGAUUCUCUUGUGGUGUAAACUGGUUCCGCCGGUGCGUUCUUACGCCGUUCACAUCGGCGAGGAUGCGGGGCCGAGGACGGUGGUGGCCGGCGCGCAGCGGGGCGCGCGGUGCGCUCUGGAUCAGGUACUCGCUCCCAAAUUCACGGAGCGGUUUCUGGGGACGGACGCAGCGGCGGGCGUUGUGUUCGUGUCGGACUCCGUAAAGUGCGCCUCGCUGCGCGCCAACCCGUUCGCCGUGUACACCGUGGCCGACUGCACGGACUCCGGCUACAGGCAUCUCCUCACCAGCCAGUACGACGUGCAUGUCCACGGUAGGAACUGUUCAAACAAGCGUAAAAGAAAACCUCGGUGGGACAUGGAGGUGCUCAGUUUGUUUGGUGGCACCCGCGGCCACCAACGCGCGCAGUGCCACCGAGCCGGCUCUGCUUUAUUUGCAGUGGAGGGUUUGCUGCCAGGAGCCCCGAUCCGCUGCAAAGUCUCCAACAGUCGGGACUUUUACUUCUCCGAGGGGGACUUGUUUGUGUCUCAGACGCUGUGCUGGAGGCAGGACACGCUGCUGGAGCUGGACUUGCUCUGCGAUGUGCUCUCGGGAGAGGGACCGAGCGCUAAACUGCACCCCGUCUCUGUCCAUUGGCGUGUGGGACAGGGCCCCUUCAGGCAGGGCCACCUUGGCAAGCUGAUGGAAAAGGCAGCUCUGUCUGACUCGGGGAUUGUGAGCAGGAGGAAGAGGAGAAGCAUCAACAGCAGCCCCCAGUUUCAACCCCCGAUGUACCAAGUAUCCGUGGCGGAGAAUCAGCCUUCCGGAACUUCGGUUGUUGUUCUGAAAGCAGUGGAUGGCGACGAGGGGGAGGCAGGCAGGCUGGAGUAUUUUAUAGAAGCCCUCUUUGACAGCCGCUCAAACAAUCUCUUCGCCGUGGACCCUGCCAACGGCUACGUGUCCACGGUAGAGGUGCUCGACCGGGAGACUAAAGACACCCACGUGUUCCGUGUGACCGCGGUUGACCACGGCGUGCCUCGGCGCACCGCCAUGGCCACCCUCACUAUCACAGUCAGAGACACCAAUGAUCACGACCCCGUGUUUGAGCAGCAGGACUACAAGGAGAGCAUCAGGGAGAAUCUAGAAAUAAGCUACGAGGUGUUAACUGUGAGGGCCACGGACGGGGACGCGCCUGUAAACGGGAACAUCCUUUACCGCAUUGUCAACACCAACGGGUCCAACGAUGUCUUUGAGAUCGAUUCGAGGUCCGGGGUAAUCCGCACCAGAGGCCUGGUAGACAGAGAGGAGGUGGAAGCCUAUAUGCUGCUGGUCGAGGCCAAUGACCAAGGUCGUGACCCCGGGCCCCGCAGCGCCACAGCUACUGUUCACAUUGUGGUUGAGGAUGACAAUGAUAAUGCUCCCCAGUUCAGUGAGAAACGCUACGUGGUCCAGGUGCCAGAGGACAUGACCCCUAACACGGAGAUCCUGCAGGUCACGGCCACAGACAGGGACAGAGGGAGCAAUGCCGUCGUUCACUUCAGCAUCAUGAGCGGAAACACCAGGGGACAGUUUUACAUCGAUGCUCAGACAGGUAACAUGGACCUGGUGAGUCACCUGGAUUACGAGGCGAACAAAGAAUACACUCUAAGGAUCCGGGCUCAGGACGGGGGACGCCCCCCGCUCUCCAACAUCAGUGGCCUGGUUACUGUGCAGGUGCUCGAUGUGAAUGACAACGCCCCCAUUUUCGUCAGCACUCCGUUCCAGGCCACCGUGCUGGAGAACGUGCCGCCGGGCUACUCCAUCAUCCACAUCCAAGCCGUGGAUGCCGACUCGGGGAACAACUCCAGGCUGGAGUAUCGGCUCACUGAAACCACACCAAACUUCCCCUUCACCAUCAACAACAGCACAGGGUGGCUUGUAGUGGCGUCCGAGCUGGACAGGGAGAGCGUCGACUUUUACAACUUUGGAGUGGAGGCCCGAGACCACGGCUACCCGGUAAUGUCCUCCUCUGCCAGCAUCAGCAUGACUAUUCUAGAUGUCAACGACAACAACCCGGAGUUCACUCAGAAGGGGUACUACAUGCGACUCAACGAGGAUGCGGUCGUGGGGACCAGCGUGGUGACUGUGUCGGCUGUGGACCAGGACAUCAACAGCGUGGUGACUUACCAGAUAUCCAGCGGAAACACCCGCAACAGAUUCUCCAUCACGAGUCAGAGUGGAGGGGGCCUCAUCACGCUGGCGCUGCCUUUGGACUACAAGCUAGAACGCCAGUAUGUCCUCACUGUCACCGCGAGCGAUGGCACCCGCCUCGACAACGCCAAAGUGUUCGUCAACGUCACCGAUGCCAACACUCACCGCCCUGUGUUUCAGAGCUCUCAUUACACCGUCAACAUCAACGAGGACAGGCCUGUCGGCACCACCGUUGUGUUGAUAAGUGCCACGGAUGAAGAUACGGGCGAGAACGCCCGCAUCACCUACUACAUGGAUGACAGCAUCCCUCAGUUCGACAUCGACCCGGACACGGGAGCUGUCACCACGCGGAUGGAGCUGGACUACGAGGACCAGGUGUCCUACACGCUAGCCAUCACCGCUCGAGAUAACGGCAUUCCGCAGAAGUCCGACACCACCUACCUGGAGAUACUGGUCAACGACGUCAAUGACAACUCCCCCCGCUUCCUGCGAGACCACUACGUGGGCUCCGUCAUGGAGGAUGUGCCGGUGUUCACCAGCGUGGUCCAGGUCUCCGCCAUCGACAGAGACUCCGGGCUCAAUGGCCGCGUCUUCUACACCUUCCAGGGCGGAGAGGAUGGCGAGGGAGACUUCAUAAUUGAAUCCACCUCCGGCAUCGUCCGCACGCUGCGCAGGUUAGACAGGGAGAACGUGCCCGUUUACACCCUGCAGGCGUUCGCUGUGGAUAAAGGGGUUCCCGCCUUGAGAACCGCAGUUAACAUCCAAGUAACAAUCUUGGAUGUGAAUGACAACCCACCCGUCUUUGAGAAAGAUGAGUUCGACAUCAUGGUGGAGGAGAACUCCCCCAUAGGCAUUGUGGUUGCACACAUAUUAGCCACAGAUCCGGACGAAGGCAGCAAUGCACAGAUUAUGUACCAGAUAGUGGAGGGGAACAUCCCAGAGGUGUUCCAGCUGGACAUCUUCUCUGGAGAACUGACCGCAUUGACUGACCUGGACUAUGAGACAAGAUCUGAGUAUGUAAUUGUGGUCCAGGCCACCUCUGCGCCUCUGGUCAGCCGCGCCACAGUUCACGUGAAACUUGUCGACAAGAACGACAACGUUCCCAUGCUGAAAAACUUCCAGAUCAUCUUCAACAACUACGUGACGGACAAAUCCAGCAGCUUCCCCACCGGAGUGAUUGGACGCAUCCCCGCACACGACCCCGACGUCUCGGACCAGCUUCACUACAGCUUUGAGGUGGGGAACGAGCUCAAGUUGGUCCUCUUGAACCAAAGCACGGGGGAGAUCCAGUUGAGCCCGGCCCUGGACAACAACCGGCCCCUGGAGGCCUUCAUGAGGAUCUCAGUGACAGAUGGCGUCCACUCCGUAUCAGCGCAGUGUCUCCUCCAAGUCACCAUCAUCACCGAUGAAAUGCUGUCCAACAGCAUCACGCUGAGGCUGGCCAACACCUCCCAGGAGCGCUUCCUCUCCCUGCUGCUCGCCCAGUUCCUGGACGGCGUCGCCCGCGUCCUCUCCGCCGCCCCCGAAGACGUCGUCAUCUUUAACGUCCAAGACGACACGGACGUCAGCGCCCGCAUCCUCAACGUCAGCCUGUCCGUGGCCGUGCCCGCGCCGGGGGAGGGGCCCCAGCGGGCCGGGGGGAGGCCCGGCGGGGCCGUGGAAAGCGGGGGGGAGUUUUUCGGCUCGGAGGAGCUGCAGGAGAGGCUGUACUUGAACCGCAGCCUCCUUGCCAGGAUCUCCUCGCAGGAAGUCCUCCCCUUCGACGACAACAUCUGCCUUCGGGAGCCGUGCGAGAACUACAUGAAGUGCGUGUCCGUGCUGAAGUUCGACAGCCUGGCGCCGUUCGUCGCGUCGGAUACCAUCCUCUUCAGACCCAUCCACCCCAUCGCCGGGCUGCGCUGCCGCUGUCCCGCCGGCUUCACGGGGGACUACUGCGAGACGGAGAUCGACCUCUGCUACUCCAAACCAUGCGGGCCUCACGGAGUGUGUCGCAGCCGAGAGGGAGGCUUCACCUGCGAGUGCCUGGAGGACUACACAGGGGAGCGCUGCGAGCUGUCGUCCCGCUCGGGCCGCUGUGCUCCGGGAGUCUGCAAGAACGGCGGCUCCUGCGUCAACCUGCUGGUCGGCGGGUUUAAAUGCGACUGUCCGGCGGGCGGCUACGAGAAGCCGUACUGCGAGAUGACCACGCGCAACUUCCCCCCGCACUCCUUCCUGACCUUCAGGGGCCUCCGCCAGCGCUUCCACUUCACCCUCUCUCUCACAUUUGCAACCAAAGAUCCCGAUGGUUUGUUACUCUACAACGGCCGCUUCAAUGAGAAACAUGACUUCCUCGCCAUGGAAAUCAUCAAUGAGCAGAUACAGCUGACGUUCUCUGCAGGCGAGACUAAAACUACGGUUUCUCCGUACGUCCUCGGGGGAGUCAGCGAUGGCCAGUGGCACGUAGUGGAGGUGCACUACUACAACAAGCCGAUCUUGAACCAGGCCGGCCUGCCGCAGGGACCCUCGGACCAGAAGGUCGCUGUGGUGACGGUGGACAACUGUGACGCCUCCGUGGCCUUCCGGUUCGGUCACGUGAUCGGAAACUACACCUGCUCCGCUCAGGGCAGCCAGUCGGGAUCCAAAAAAUCUCUGGACCUGACCGGCCCCCUACUCCUCGGCGGCAUUCCCAAGCUCCCGGAGGACUUUCCUGUUCGCAGCCGGCAGUUUGUAGGCUGCAUGAAAAACCUGCGCAUCGACAACCAGCACAUAGACAUGGCCGGCUUCAUCGCCAACAACGGCACUCUGCCAGGAUGCUCCGCCAAGAGGCACUUCUGUAACAACGACCCGUGUUUGAACGGAGGAACCUGCGUGAAUCUGUGGGGCUCCUUCAGCUGUGACUGCCCGCUCGGAUUUGGUGGACAAAACUGUGAAAGAGUCAUGGCAAGCCCGCAGCGUUUCCUGGGUAACAGUGUGUUGCAGUGGAACAACAUGGCGGCGGCCGCGUCCUCCGUCCCCUGGCAUGUAGAGCUCAUGUUCCGCACACGUCAGGCCAGCGCGACGCUGCUGCACAUCUCCGCAGGCCAGCAGCACAACCUCACGCUGCAGCUGCGCGGGGGGAGUGUGCUGAUGGGGCUGCACAGGGGGGAGGACUCGACUCUCUCCCGUGUGGAGGAGGUCCUGGUGAACGAUGGAGACUGGCACCAUUUGCAGCUGGAUAUCAGCAGUCUGGAGGGAGCAGCAAGCCACCACAAAGCAGUGCUGUCUUUAGACCAGGGCCUUUACCUGGCCAGUAUGGAGGUGGACGGGAAGCUCCGAGACUCCAAGCUGAAGACUGUGAGCGUUGGUGGUUUGGAAAGAACUGAUGGGAAAAUUCAGCAUGGCUUCCGUGGCUGUAUACAGGGUCUGCGUGUGGGCGGAGCUCUGAGUCUGUCUCAGGCGAGGAAGGUGAACGUGGAGGCGGGCUGCAACGUGCCCGACCCGUGCAGCUCCAGCCCCUGUCCUGCCAGCAGCUACUGCAGCGACGACUGGGACAGCCACUCCUGCACCUGCCUCGCCGGCUACUAUGGCACCAACUGCACCGAUGCAUGCUCACUGAACCCCUGUGAGCACGAGUCAACAUGCACCCGGAAGCCAAGCUCCUCUCGUGGUUACACCUGCGACUGCCCUAAGAACUACUUUGGCCGUUACUGCGAAAAAAAAACCGAUUUGCCGUGUCCCAGAGGCUGGUGGGGUCACAAGACCUGCGGCCCCUGUAGCUGUCAGACAGACAAGGGCUUCGACUCUGACUGCAACAAGACGAGCGGAGAAUGCCGCUGCAAGGACAACCACUACCUCCCCGAAGGCAGCGACACCUGCCUGCUGUGCGACUGCUACCCGGUCGGCUCCUUUUCCAGAGCGUGCGACCGAGAGAGCGGCCAGUGCCAGUGUAAACCCGGCGUCAUCGGGCGCCAGUGUGACCACUGCGACAACCCCUUCGCUGAGGUUUCACCCAACGGCUGCGAAGUGAUCUAUGACAGCUGCCCUCAGGCCAUCGAGGCCGGGAUCUGGUGGCCCAGGACUAAGUUUGGUCUCCCUGCAGCAGUUCACUGUCCCAAGGGAACUCUCGGCACAGCGAUCCGCCACUGCGACGAGCACAAGGGCUGGCUGCCUCCCAAUCUCUUCAACUGCACCUCUGUUACCUUCAGCAAGCUGAAAGCCCUGUCUGAGAAGUUUUCCCGUAACACGUCGCUGCUGGACUCUGGACAUGUCCAGCAGACGGCCGCCAUGUUGGCCAACGCCACCUUGCACACGGAGAAGUACUACGGCAGCGACGUGAAGGUGGCUUAUCGGCUCACGCAGAGUCUUCUGCAGCACGAGAACAAGCAGCAGGGCUUCAACCUCACAGCUACGCAGGACGUCCACUUCACUGAGAACCUGGUCCGCGUGGGCAGCGCCAUCCUGUCUCCGGACACACGGACGCACUGGGAGCUGAUCCAGCACUCGGAGGGCGGCACGGCAGCACUGCUGCGCCACUACGAGGAAUACGCAAACACACUGGCUCAGAACAUGAGGCAGACCUACCUCAGCCCCUUCACCAUCGUCACACCACACAUAGUCAUUUCUGUGGAUCGCCUGAAAAAGAUGAAUUUCGCUGGUGCCAAACUGCCGCGGUACCAGUCCCUGAGGGGUCCUCGUCCUGCUGACCUCGAGACGGCCGUCACGCUGCCCGAUUCCGUCUUUCAACCACCGGUGGACACUAAAGGCCACAGACACCUGGAUGUCUUCCCGGAGUCGUCUCUGAAGAACCGGUCAGCCAAUAGGAAGAGACGCCACCCUGAUGACGACCAGCCCGACGCCAUCGCCAGUGUGAUCAUCUUCCACAGCCUGGCCUCGCUGUUACCAGAGAGCUACGAUCCAGACAAGAGAAGUCUGCGGGUGCCAAAGCGUCCGGUCAUCAACACGCCAGUGGUCAGUAUCACUGUCCACGACAACGACGAGCUGCUGCAGCACGCGCUGGACAAACCCAUCACCGUGCAGUUCCGCCUGGUCACCACCGAGGAGCGCUCUAAGCCCAUCUGUGUCUUCUGGAACCACAACAUACUGGGCGGGAAUGGCGGCUGGUCGGCGAAGGGCUGCGAGGUGGUUUUCAGAAACGGCACCCACAUCAGCUGUCAGUGUUAUCACAUGACCAGCUUUGCCGUCCUCAUGGACAUCUCCAGGAGAGAGAAUGGAGAGAUCCUGCCAAUCAAAAUCCUGACGUGGAGCACAGUGGGAGUGACGAUGGGCUUCCUCUUCCUCACCACGAUCUUCCUCCUUUGUCUGAGAGCCAUGCAGUGCAACAAGACCAGUAUAAUCAACAACGGAGCUGUUGCGCUCUUCCUUUCCGAGCUCAUUUUCAUCCUGGGCAUCAACCAGGCAGACAACCCGUUUAUGUGCACCGUCAUCGCCAUCCUGCUGCACUUCUUCUACCUGUGCACUUUCUCCUGGCUCUUCCUGGAGGGUCUGCACGUCUAUCGCAUGAUCAGCGAAGUGCGAGACAUCAACUACGGACCCAUGAGGUUCUACUACCUGAUUGGCUGGGGAGUACCAGCCUUCAUCACAGGUCUGGCAGUGGGACUUGACCCUGAAGGCUACGGGAACCCAGACUUCUGUUGGCUGUCCAUGUACGACACUCUCAUCUGGAGCUUCGCCGGGCCGAUCGCCAUGGUGGUGUCGAUGAACGUCUUCCUGUACGUCCUGUCGUCCAGAGCGUCCUGCACAAUGAGACACCACAGCAUCGAGAAGAAGGAGCCUCGUGUCUCAGGCCUAAAGACCGCAGGUGGCGUUCUCCUCCUGGUUUCAGUCACAUGUUUUCUGGCGCUCCUCUCCGUCAACAGCGACAUGAUCAUCUUCCACUACCUGUUCGCCGGGUUCAACUGUGUUCAGGGUCCGUUUGUUUUCUUCUUCCGCGUUGUCUUCAAUAAGGAGGCGAGGAAUGCCAUGAAAUACUGCUGCAGCCGCAAGCGCCCGGAUCAUAUGAUCAAAUCCAAGGCCUCUGGCUACAAAUGCAACACAAACUACAUGGACGGCCGAUUGUACCACCUUCCCUUCGGAGACUCCAGUGUGUCCCUGAACGGCACGAUGCAGAGCGGCAAGAGCCAGCAGAGCUACGUGCCGUUUGUUCUCAGGGACGACGGGUUGAGUAACAGUCAAGCGCACAUCGCUCUGAACGACCAUACGUCCCUCUUCCAUGAAACGAAGGACCUGGACGAUCAUGACAGCGACUCGGACAGCGACCUGUCGCUGGAGGAUGACCAGAGCGGCUCCUACGCCUCCACACACUCCUCCGACAGCGAGGACGAGGAGGGGCCACUCCCCCCGGGGGAAUGCUGGGAAAACAUGGCGUCUAACGUCGCCAAUAGGCCGCAUCCACACGGUGCAGACAACAGUUUGGGCAGGAUGCUCUGGCCAGCAGAUUACUCGGCCGCAGCGAGUGAUGGCGAGGUCGCGUGUGCGGACAGAAUGAAGCCGAACAUGCCGGCCAAUCCAGAGCCGAGUCCUGGCUCUGACACGAGGAUGUUUCCGGACAGCCAGACGCAGGAUGCCAUGACGGUGCUGCUGCCCAGCAUGCCAAACAUCUAUGCCAACCCUCACAAAGGGAUCCUAAAGAAGAAGCAGCUUUCUCCCAUCGUGGAGAGGAACGGUCUCAACCGCAUCCACAAUGAACUCUGUGAAACCGCUUCCGGUGCGACGUCUCCGCAGGGGUCCUCCUCCAGCGACAGACGAGCCGGCGCCGCAAAAGGCGGGCUGAACGGAGUCGCCGUGAGCAUCAAGGCGAGGACGGUGGACGGGGACUCGUCAGGAUCAGACGACCGCAACACCUCCGUGUGACGGCGCUGACGAAGAGGUGUGUCUUUGCAGGUCAUAGAGGCUCCUCCCUCAACAGCCAAUGCAAACUAGGAGCAACGGACUUCUCCCUAAACACAAAAGUGGAAAAAGAAAGAAUUCCCCCGCUUGUCGUCAUGAUCCUCUGAAGGACUGCGCGUGAGUGUGUGUGUGUGUGUGUGUGUGUGUGUGUGUGUGCGUGCUGAUGUGUGCCAAACCUCAGAAGUCAGUGCACUGGCCCAGGCUCACGUACGCUGACCGAACGAGUCUCACGCUCCCUUUAAAUAAUUCAUUUUGUUUACAUACUUGAAGCAAUGCACUUUUUUUUUUUUUAUUAUUAUUUACUGCCCAAAUUUGUUGGCGGUCCAAUCUUUUACUUUAUUUGUUGGAAUUUGUUUUACAAAGGAGUUGUUUUGAGGACUGUGGAACAAUGUGGAGGUCAUGCUUUUUGGGGUGGGUCAUUUAGUUUUAGUCUCAAACAUUCAGGGAAAUCCCUUUUUUCACGCGUUAACUUCUUCGCGGCGUCCUGCGCGUUCGUCGGCUUUCGUUACUGUCGGUGUUUGUCCGGGUUCGUUUGAGGAGAAACGCAGCGGCCCGCUGUCCGUCCCUCAUGGAUUUCUGAACUUGGUAUCAAGGAGGAAAGACUCUGAGCUAUUUCUCAUUAAUGAAAGAUGUUUCCAGAAGCUACAGCUGCACAGACCGACGGCCUCCUCAGCCUGCGAGGCGGCGGAGCUGCACGUGCAGACUGACAAAUGAAUCAAAGGACUUUUGAUGAUUUUUUUUUUUUUUUGUAAAUCAGCGAGAGCACAUUUUUUUACGGACAUUAAAGGCGCUCUUGUUUCUCAACGUUUUAUCUGGAGGGAUGAAUGCAUUCAUUCAAGUUCAGUGACUAAACAGCUGUGUUUUUAGAUUAGCAAUGGAACUAUGGUGAUUUGUAAAGUAUUGCAAAAUUGUGCUGUAAUCAAUUUGUACUGUACAGAGUGGCCUGUAAAUGAAUGCAGCAACGGAGACAUCUUUAAAUGUAAGUAAAUAUGUUAAACGUGCUUAAAACUCUCAGAACCUGUUUUUAGUAAUUGCUCUUGAACCUCGGGAGGUAAUAUCUUUUGUCUUAAUUACUACUUCCAGACAAAUGAUGUGAUAUUUGUGGAUGCCUUUUUACCACCCAUAUGAAUUUAAUGUAAAGAUUUGAUGCCAUAAGAAACAAACCUACCAGGUCAAUCAUAUCACCUCUGGUAUCCCAUCAGAGAAUUGCCUCUUUUACUCUCCCACCUCCUGUUUUUACUGAUUAAAAUGUUUUCUACCGUUUCCAUCGUGACUAAAACUUCAUCAGUGUCAAGUCAAA